AAAAGCUAUUUUUUGAAGAACUGCUGGCGGACACUCUGGUUGCCUGGACAAGUAAUUAAAACGUGUAACACUAAAGUGUCCAUGACACCAGGGACAAACUUCGCCUCGUAAAAGGUGUGAAUGCGUGGCUUAGGUGUGUCCUAAUCCUAGAUCUAAAGAAAGUGGUGGCUCAUCAGCAUCUGUGAGCAAACGUUGUGCUGGAGCAGGACACUUUAUUCCUCUUGUCGUGUGAAGCUAAAUGACCUGAAAAUAAGCCAUGAAGUAGUAACUGUGCAUGCAGCAUAAACAAAUCAGCCCACCGCCAUUAGCUGCCCACGUGCAACGCGUGCUGCGUCACUGAGCUGACGUAAUAAUGCUGACACGCCAGGACAGUGUAAAUGACGUCAGUAGGAGAUGACAACAGAACAAGAUGUAUAUCAGUUCGGCUCUGCGUGUUUGUAAAAAGAGUCCUGUUACUGUCUUAUAAUUACAGCGAACAUCUACUGUGCUACCGCCCCGUCCUCACCCAUUCUUGGCACCUCAUUGCAAAGAUGAUUGUGAUGUCACCUGUAACCAGUAGAUGAAAUGAGCCUGAACGACAUCGUCUUCAGGACAGCCUGUAGAGACUCGAUCACAAUGACGUGGGUGCUGAUUUUGGUUGUCAUGGCAACAACACAUCAGGUGAACGGGGCGACAAUCAAACGAAAUGCACCCGAUCCCAAUAAAAUUCGGGAUUUAGAAAACCAGACAAACACAGAGGUGACUAUAAAAAGGCUACCCAGCCCUAAGGCUAAAGAAGAGAAAGUUCACUUUGCUCAUGCAAACUCAAUUAACGUUAGAGCCAUCCCGAAACUCACACCCGCAGAGGCCGCGCCGAAACACGCGGAAGGCGGCAUCAAGCAUACUGACAAAGAUGACAAGGAUCAUGAUGAGGUGAUCAGACCUGCGGCGCCUCUAAAGACGAAGCUACAGAAGAAAGCAGCGAGUGUCUUACUGAGUGGGAGACCAAACUGCGACUACCUGACUUGCUGCAUGAGUUUCUCGAUAUUCCAGGUCCACCGAAGGGUACAGUUCGACGUCGUUCACAGUCUCGCCCUCCCACGACACGGACUGACACCCGUAGAGGUUCGAUCAGGAGGAAGCAAGUCGAGUCUCUGAGAGCGAGCGACGGAGCGAGCGACGUGGAGAAGUUAGCAACACAGAGGCAGACAAACGCACAGUUGUGGCCUCAACAAUACUGAAUAAAACCGCAGCCACCUCUAACUUAACCCUGAUUCCCUCUUCGCCUCUGGGACUGCGCCGCAAAGCACAGACACGGGCAGAUAACCAUCAGACUGAAUCUAGGCCUGUGUCGGCGAGCGUUAGUCCUGAAGAGCAUCAACCCAAACACACACAGUCGCAACCACAGGACGUCCAUAAGGUCGAUGUAAAUUAUAAAAACGACGAAGACGAGGAUGUUGAAAUUAAGGAUGACGACGUCCUGGGCAUGAUUCUGCGGAAAAUGCGAUCUGACAGGGGGAAGAAUACUGAAGUCAGUCAGAAUUUGAACAGAGAGGCGCUUCCAUCGUUGCCGGCGGAGUCCAGGAAAGCAAGAGAACGCAAUUUUGACCUAUAUAGGAAUUCUGAUGACUACGGCCUUAAACGACAAUCCCCCCUUAAAAGGAAUAGCAAAACAAGCAAAAUUUCAAAUGAAAAAGGAGCUGAAAAAUCCGCGGACAUUAAGAAUAUUCGAGUUGACGAGGCCGAUAACGGCAGAGAUGGGGAUGAAGAUGGCGUUGAUGAUCGUAAUGACGAUGUUCAGGUGGUCGAUGGCGACGGCAGUGGCUACAAUGAUGACAGCGGGAGCUUACAGACCGCAUUAACAUAUUCGCAACGAGCACAGACAGGUGAGCGGCGCUCACCAGGUCGUAGAAAAAUGAGACAAACGACUGCGAAGCUGAUUGUAAGUAAACCGGAAGGUCUUGCUGUCAAAAUUGAAGAAGACGUUAUUGUUGAUGAUGAUGAUGAUGACGAUGACGAUGACGAUGACGACGAUGAUGAUGACGACGACGACGAUGAUGAUGAUGACGAUGAUGAUGAUGACGAUGACGACGAUGACGAUGAUUUUGAGGAGGAAGAGGAGGAACAAGAUGAAAUUGAGAUCUUCGAAACGCUCGACGAUGCGCUGUCCGACGUUCUGGACGACAUGGGCAGCAAUUCAGAGUCUUACUUGACCUUCCUCAGACGAAAGCGAGAACUUGGGGACACAGAUUUGUCUGUUAUACGACUGAAGCGAAAGUACGACCUUCUUGACAUCAUCAGCGAGAUGGACGCAGAAGAAGAGGAAGCCGAGUAUAGCGACGAGAUUGCAGACUUGAUGCGAGAUCGGCGGCACUUGAAGCUUAAGAAACCAACGGUAGAUUACAAGGGUCUCUUGAAGAGAGGAGUGGGUGAUUUUAUGCCCAUGACUCAAGACGACAUUGUCAAGGAGGACUUAAACUGGAGGGAGAUCAGCAACAUCGCCUUGGAUUACGAGGAGAGGACGAUUCCAAUCAUGGAGGAUUACGACAGAGAUUUGGUCUGGAUCAGGCGCAGGCGAAAAAGCGACGAUUUCCAGGACUCUCAGAAGGCAGGGGUGUUGCCUUUCGAGCCGUCAGCAGCCCGCCUACAACAUUCGACCACGCGCAUAACAAGAAACGCGCCGAGCACGCGGCACCCUCGCGGCAUCACGCGCUAUGGAUCAAGAAGAAAUGCAAGGCGGAGGAAGGGAGAAAAACCCCAUGUCUGGGAGGGCAGCACCCUUCCCCGCGACUCCAAGGACAGUGAGGAAUUGAAGGCCCAAAUGCGUGACACGUUGUCGAAAAGUUUAAUCCAGCAGCAUGACACAGAUUCACACGAGCCGUCAUAUGACGAUGACCAUACCUAUCAUCUCCAGGAGGAAAGUGCAUUACAAGAAAACAGCAGCAAUGUCACAGAUGACCAUGAUUUUGAUUCGACUUAUGUUUAUGGGCAUACAAACGACACUGGCAAACGAGAGAAGAAAAAAGAUAUAAACAAUGACUCUAAAAUACACUCAGAAAAAAACGACUCACAUACACUAAAGCGACGACGAAGGCAGGCUAUAGGUUACCGUAACAUCAGCAGCUACAACAUCAACAGCAUUCCCGACGAUUCCAAUGACGCUAGAGGCUUCAGCGCUCACUUGUCUCAUGGCCAACCUCACAUGAACUACAGCAACGAAACCUCAGCCGAGAAAUUCAUAGAUGCUCCCUUCCAGCUUGGGAUUGGGCCGAUGCCUGGCGAGUUUGGUGGGAAUGCUCACUCUGUUGGGGCAUCGGCAGGUUUUCCUGCUGAUAACCUACGCCAACUUCUGUGCAUGACGCCAUUCAUGACGUUCUAAAUUUACCACAUAUUCCUGCCGAUGGCCACAAGCC